UGCUCUUUGUUGCAGCCCAAAGUGGGAUUGAGGAAAGGACCAGCAGCUGCAAAGAGGAGCCGAAGCCAGACCGUGCCCCCAGCUGCUGCAGCUGCCCUGCCUCGCUUGCACUGGCUGGGGGCCACCAUGGAGGAGAUGGUGAUCUGGGAGCAGCACACAGUGACCCUGAGCAAGGACCCCCAGCGGGGCUUUGGCUUCGCUGUCUGUGGAGGCCGGGACUGUCCCAACAAGGCGACUGGGGCCACGGCAGUGGUUGUCUCAGAUGUGGUGCCAGGGGGACCAGCAGUGGGCCACCUGCAGAGGAAGGAUCACAUCGUGAUGGUGAAUGGCCUUUCCAUGGAGAAUGUUUUGUCCUCGUUUGCCAUCCAAACCCUUAAAACCUGUGGCAAGAUCGCCAACAUCACAGUGAAAAGACCAAGGAAAGUUCACUUCCCUGCGUGCAAGAGCAGCCUCGGGUCCCCCUCCGCAGCCCGGCGCCACGACUCGGACGAGGACCUUGGGUUAUACGGCGCAGCCCCGGCCCUUCACCGCUCCCGGGACGACCUGGACCACAACUGGGGCUACGACAGGGACUCCUCCAGCGAGAGGAGCUCCGGCCACUGCUGGGAUGACCUCUGCCAGCACAAGCCAGCGUCCUGCAGCCGAAAACAAAGCCAGGACAGCAGCUACCAGAGGCAGAGGCCGGGCAGUGGCUCAGACAGGAAGGGCUACAGCCGGCGCUGCUCUACCAAUGGCUUUGGUGGCGAAUGUGACCCCAAGGGGCUGGUCUUGGUGUCCGGCUUCAAGCGGCUGCCGUGCCAGGACGUGCCCAUGAAGCCCAUCACGUCCGUCCUGGUGAAGCAGAAGCAGAACGAAGAGUAUGGCCUGAAGCUGGGAAGCCAGCUCUUCAUCAAGCACAUAGUGGAGAAUGGGUUGGCAGCAAAGGGCAGUUCCUUGCAGGAGGGAGACCUCAUCCUGAAGAUCAACGGGGUGGCCAGUGAGGACAUGUCCCUGGCUGACACCCAGCAGCUCAUUGAGAAGACAGAAGGGGUCCUGACCCUGCUCAUCCUCCGGGACCACCGGCAGUUUCUGGUCAACAUCCCUGACACAGAGGACAGCCUGAGCGACAGCUCCCAGAUGGAGGAUAUCUCUGAUAUCGACUCUGAUAUGUCACAUCUGCUAUCCCCUGCAAGCUCCCCAUGGCCUCCAGCUGCUGCCAGAGUGAAUUACCCACCGGAGAGGAGAAAAUCCAUCAUGGACCCUGCAGCUGAUGCAACCAUGGAUGAUGCUGGGGGCUCUGACCUGCUGGUAGCUGUGGAGGGGGAUGGCUGCCACAGCCUCCGUGCCAGCCCUGCUGCCCGAGCUGCCCACAAGGAUGGGUACAGCGCAGACUGCAGGGUUGUGCACUUUGUGAAGGCCAAGAGCGUGGGGCUGCGGCUGGCAGGUGGCAAUGAUGUGGGCAUCUUCGUAUCUGGUGUGCAGGAGGGCAGCCCAGCUGCCAGCCAGGGCCUGCAGGAAGGGGACCAGAUCUUGCAGGUGAACAGCACCAGUUUCCAGAACCUGACCCGUGAGGAGGCUGUGGAGUACCUCAUGAGCCUGCCGCCCGGUGAGGACAUCACGCUGUGCGCCCAGAGCAAGCAGGACAUUUAUAGGAAGAUGAUCUCAUCCAACAUGGGAGAUUCAUUCCACAUCCGGACACACUUUGACUUUGAGAAGGAUUCACCAUCAGGGCUCAGCUUCACGCGCGGCGACAUCUUCCAUGUGCUGGACACUCUGUACCGGGGCAGGCUGGGCAGCUGGCUGGCCGUGCGUGUGGGCAGGGACUUGGCAGAGCAGGACAGGGGCAUCAUCCCCAACCAGAGCAGGGCCGAGCAGAUUGCCAGCCUGGAGUCGGUGCUGAAAGCCGCAUCUGGAGCCAGCCCCUCUGGGGCCCGGGCGGAGUUCUGGAAGCUGCGGGGCCUGCGCGGAGCCAAGAAGAUGCUGCGGAAGAGCCGGGAGGACCUGUCCAGUCUCACAAAGCAGGGCCACUACCCACCCUAUGAGAGGGUGGUUCUGAAGGAAGCCACCUUCAAGCGGCCAGUGGUGAUCCUGGGCCCAAUCGCAGACAUUGCCAUGCAGAAACUGAGCACGGAGCUGCCUGAGCUCUUUGAGAUUGCCCCGAGCGUGCCCCGAGAUGGGGCAGCAUCCAAGGUCAUCAAGCUGGACUCUGUGCGGCAGAUCGCAGAAAAGGACAAGCAUGCCUUGUUGGACAUUACGCCCUCAGCUGUGGAGCGCCUCAACUACGUGCAGUACUACCCUGUGGUGGUGUUCUGUCAGCCUGAGAGCCGGCAGGGCAUCAAGGCCAUGCGCCAGUGGCUGGCACCCGACUCCAGGAAGAGCUCCCGGCACCUGUAUGCCCAGGCCAGCAAGAUGAAGAAGCACUGCAGCCACCUCUUCACUGCCACCAUCAGGCUCAGCGGCAGCGGCAACACCUGGUACGAGGAGAUCAAGGACACCAUCAGGACACAGCAGAGCCAACCGGUCUGGAUGACAGCAGAGCAGGCAGAUGUGGCCUUGGAGGACAGUCUGGACCUGCUGAACCCACGGAGCAGAGUGGCCUCAGGCUACCUGAACUGCGACAGCCACGCCAACAGCGACUACGAGGACACAGAUGGUGAGGUGGAGAUGGAGGGGGAGGAUGCCUGCGACCAGCCCGGGCUGCUCCGCUCCUCUGAGCCCGUGCAGAUGUCCCCAAGCCUGAGAGAGCAGGUGGGUCAGCAGCAGCAGCAGCACCAGCAGGCCCAGCAUCACAGCAGUUUCUCCUCCCCCAGGGCAUAUGAGCAUGAGGCAGUGAGGAAGAGGUUCACACAGGCCAGGGAUGACUCCGAGGAGGAUGAAGGCUACGAGUGGGGCCCAGCUACGGAUGUGUAG